GUUACGGUGGCCUCAUUAUCUCACUGGAAGGUCCCCACCGCUCGAACCUCAGCUUGCUGAAGGCAGAGGAUCGAGUCUACACCAUCCAGUACAGCCCCCAUGAGCCUGGCAUCUACAUCCUCAGCCUCAGAUUCUCUGAUGAUGAUAUCCCAGGAAGUCCAUUCCUCUUGAAUGUGGGAGGUGACCCGUCUGGUCGCAUCAGGACAACAGUCACCAAAGAGAUGGAAACUGCCGAGGCUGUGCUUCCAGGCACCCAGGCCGAGUUUAUCCUGAAGAUUCCAGGAACAAUUUACAAGUGCACAUCAUCUUGUCACUCGGAGCUUUGUGAGGUCAUCAACUUUACAUCUCAUCAAGUGCACAUCAUCCUGCACAUCCUCAGCAUUAAACACAAGAGCAUGCAUAUUUCUGGAAGUCCGUUUCAGUAUUCAGUUGGCCAGCUGGCCGUGGGCGGGCCACACAAAGUUCAGGUUGGAGGGCCAGGCUUGGAGAAAGGAGAAGUUGGAAUACCAAACGUCUUUAACAUAUACACCCGUGAGGCUGGACAGGGUCUGCUGACAGUUGCUGUGGAGGGCACGUCCAAGGCAGUCAUACAACUGGAAGAGAGGCCUAACGGUUUCCUAGGUGCACAGUACAAGGUGGAUAAACCAGGAAUGUACGGGGUGCAUGUCAAGUUCAAUGACACGCACAUCCCGGGCUCACCUUUCAUGGUCAAUGUAGCCCCAGACAGUGGUGAGGCCAAGCAGGUUACUGUUCAUGCCUUGAAGGACAAGGGUCUGUCGAUUGACAAGCCUGUUACAUUUAGUGUUAAUUUCAAUGGGGCCAAAGGUCAACUACACGCGAGUGUGCGCACACCAUCUGGUGGUCACACAGACUGCAUGUUUCAGGAAAUGGACACGGGUGUGUACGCAGUGCGUUUCAUUCCAAAAGAAAACGGCGUCCAUUAUGUGGACGUGAAGUUGAAUGAUGCCCAUAUCCCUGACUCACCUUUUCCUGUGAUGGUUGGUUCCCUGGCCGCUGACCCCGCCCUGGUUACCGCAAGUGGGGAUGGUCUGGAGCGUGGCAAGUGUGGUGCCAAGAAUUCAUUCGUGGUGAAAACUGCAGGGGCUGGCACUGGUCUUCUGGUUGUCUUUAUUGACGGCCCGUCGAAAUCUGCAGUCAGCUGCAAGGAACUUGACGAGGGCUACGAGUUUGUCUACACUCCUUUCUGUCCAGGCAACUACUUGAUAACCAUCAAAUAUGGCAACAUCCCCAUCGCUGGAUCACCUUACCAGGCAGUGAUUACAGGUACCGGCCGUAAGCCCUCGCCGGUGGUUGAGCAGACGUGUAUGGCAGUUGAGACUGUGGAGAAGAAGCCGGGCUCUGGUUCGAAACUGAAGAAACUGAAAGGUGAUGCCAGCAAGGUCCAGGUGAAAGGACCUGGUAUCAAGAAGGCUUUUAUUAACAGGGUGCAGAACUUCAGCAUAGAAGUCAAGGAUGCAGGAAAUGCUGUCCUGUUUGUAGGAAUGGUGUCCCCUACAGGGUUUCCAGUAGCAGAGCUGACAGUGAAGAAAGCAGGUCCCACGACUUACAAUGUCACGUACAAGGCUACGGAAGCUGGAGAACAUGUCCUUCAUGUCAAGUGGGGCGACGAGGACGUGCCCGGCAGCCCGUUUGUUGUCAGUACAUGA